AUGGACCAGGACACAAGAAUUCUUAUUGUCGGCGGUGGGUGCUUCGGCACUUCGACAGCUUAUCACCUCUCGGAACGUGGCUACAAGUCCAUCCGUGUGCUGGACCGGUAUCCCCCACCGUCCUGUGAGGCUGCUUCGACCGAUAUCAGCAAGAUCAUCCGAAGUGAUUAUAAUGAGCCGUUAUAUGCGCGCCUAGGAAUCGAGUCGAUUGCUGCAUGGCGGUCAUGGCCGAUGUUCAGCGGACUAUACCAUGUUCCCGGCUGGAUUCUGAGUGCCGCCAACUUGUCGCUGCCAUUUGUUGAGGGCUCCAUUGAGACAUGCAAGAAUCUCGGCGUCCAGGGCAUAGAGAUACUCACUUGCGAUGAGGUCCGCUCACGUUUUCCUGUGGUGACGGGGAAGCUUGAUGGUUGGAAUAUGAACGUCUGGAAUCCGACCGCUGGCUGGGCGGCUGCAGGCCAAGCUUUGGAGUCGAUGGCUAGGGCCGCACAAAAGAAUGGCGUCGAUUAUAUCUCGGGUGUUCAAGGCUAUGUUCGACAAUUAAUCCUGGAUGAGAUUUCCAACGAGUGUAAAGGUGUCAUCACAGCAGAUGGCAUUAGGCAUGAGGCCGACAAAGUCAUUCUUGCAGCUGGAUCAUGGACACCAUCAUUACUAGACCUCCAAGGUCAACUGAUGGCGAAGGGCCAUAGUGUGGCACAUAUUCAGCUCGAUGCCACCGAGACAAAAUAUUAUUCGACAAUGCCGAUUAUGGACAACCUUGAGCUGGGGUAUUUCUUCCCUCCUCAAGCGGAUGGAAUCUUCAAGAUGGCACACAGCCAAUUUAUCACCAACAUGCGGACCGACACCAGCUCCGGUAUUACGACCUCGAUUCCACACACAUUUUUACAAGCACCGAAAGAUGGCCUUCCCCUCGAAAUCGAGGCCACUAUGCGUCGUAACCUACGCCGAGUUCUACCUGAAUUUGCAGAUCGACCAUUUUGCUACACUCGUCUGUGCUGGGAUGCCGAUACUGUUGACCGGCACUUUCUUGUGACGCCUCACCCAAUUCAUCAGCAGCUAUUUGUUGCUGCUGGUGGAUCUGCUCAUGGAUUCAAAUUCCUUCCCGUCAUUGGAAAAUAUGUGGCAGAUAUGCUGGAAGGGAAACUCGAACCUGCCAUUGCGAGUAAGUGGCAGUGGCGUGCUGGACAAGAGAUGUCGGCGAAGAAUCUUGCCCACAUGGAUCCUGAGCUGGAGUUGGAUGAUCUUACUGGGUGGAGGGGGAGACAGCUCCGUGAGAAACUCCCUAAUUCUAAACUGUAA